UCGUAUCCUACAAAAUCCCGAUCUGCCUCCUCUGCGUGAUGGCGUCUUCCGAAAGCAGCCUCUUUUCCAUGGCAGGCGACUCCUACAGCAAGUACGAGAUUCGGCGGCGCAACCCCAACCCCACCGCCGCCGCCCUCCUCGUCAUCGACAUGCAGCGCCACUUCGCCUCCAUCGCUGCCCCCAUACUCCCCGCCCUCCGCUCCACCGUCGCCCUCUGCCGCGCCGCCGGCAUCCCCGUCCUCUUCACCCGCCACCGCCACCGCUCCCCCGCCGACUACGCCAUGCUUGGCGAGUGGUGGUCCGGCGACCUCAUCCUCGACGGCACCCCCGCGGCCGAGCUCCUCCCCGACAUCGGCCGAGACCCCGGCGACCGUGUGGUCGAGAAGAGCACCUACAGCGCCUUCGCCGGCACGGGUCUGGAGGAGGCGCUGAGGGGCAUGGGAGUCGAGGAGGUGAUCGUCACCGGCGUGAUGACGAACCUCUGCUGCGAGACGUCGGCGAGGGAGGCGUUUGUGAGGGGGUUCAGGGUCUUCUUCUCCACCGACGCCACGGCUACCUCGAACAAGGAUCUGCACGAAGCUACCCUCAAGAAUAUGGCGUAUGGCUUUGCUUAUCUGGUGGACUGCAAACGCCUCGAGGCAGCUCUUGCGCCCAAGAUUUGAGCAACUCUUUUACCUGCAUAACUUUCUCCAGCAAUGUAGAAGUCAUGGGACUUGUACUGUGGGAACCUCUUGAGCCAGUUUACAAGGAAUAUGUAGGAGUCCUCAGCUUUGGAUGAUCAGUAGAACAAUAUCAGUAGAUGUGAACAAAUCCCCCAAGGAUUUCUAUGGAACAUGUAUAUGGUCAAGUGAAAGUACUCUCUGUAGGACUUACCUGUGAUCUUGUCUCCCAGUGACUGCAAAUCAGAGCUGGUAUUAGUGUAAGAAAAUCCCACUCCAACAGGUGACUCAAGAAAUAGCAGAUUUGCCUCUGAAAUGUGCAAAGAAUCAGCAUACUUUUUAAGUGUCCAUCACAAAUUGCUUUGUACUCAAGAGUUAUGAUCUUUCUGUUUUCUGUGACUCUGAAAUUUAGCUGUUGAUGUGUUAUGCA